ACAACCUUGGCCGUUCUCAUACUUCGUCAAUACAAAUUUUUAAUUAGGAGAAUGUGACUAAUUAAUUACAAUACUUGCAAGGCACAUUUAUCAAUCAGUAUUUGUGCGAUAAACGUGUUUUAUCGCCGUUGUUGGUCGAUGCAAUAUAAUAAAGAGUCGGAAUAACGUUACGUUACGUGUAGACGUAACCAGAAAAACAAUAUUGAUACUGAUCAGACAGGCAUCCGGUGCGGUUAUAUAUUUCCGCGAGACUGAUACUUCGCAUCAGUCAUCAACGAGCAUGAUGCGAGUGCUAGUGUGUGCGUUAGCAAUAUUAUCAGCAGUAGUUGCUCAGAAAGAGCCGCACUAUGUGCCCGGUCAUGAUGGGAUGGUGCAUCUUUUUGAAUGGAAAUGGCCGGACAUCGCGGAUGAGUGUGAGAGAUUUCUCGGACCCAUGGGAUUCGGUGGCGUGCAGGUUUCUCCGAUCCAAGAAAACGUAAUCGUAGGCAACAGACCAUGGUGGGAACGUUAUCAGCCUAUAUCUUAUGAGUGGCACACGAGGUCAGGCACGCCGGACGAAUUCAAAAAGAUGGUUCGCAGGUGUAACGACGCCGGCGUGAGGAUUUAUGUCGACGUGGUGUUCAAUCACAUGACCGGUAACCACGAUGUCGCGAAGGGUACCGGUGGUUCAACAGCGGAUACCCGUGGCUUCAAUUAUCCUGCGGUACCAUACUCCCAUUUUGAUUUCCACACUCCUUGCGCCAUCACCAAUUAUCAAGACGCGGGGAAUGUGCGGAAUUGCGAGUUGGUCGGUCUGCACGAUCUUGAUCAGUCAAAGGAAUACGUCAGAGAGAAGAUCGUCAACUUCUUGAACGAAGCCGUCGAUGCUGGAGUCGCUGGUUUUCGAGUAGAUGCAGCUAAGCACAUGUGGCCGAAUGAUCUAAAAGAGAUUUAUUCUCGGUUGAAAAAUCUCAAUACUGAACAUAACUUCCCUUCAAAUGCGCGGCCCUUUAUAACUCAAGAGGUGAUUGAUUACGGUGGCGAAGCAGUCAGUAAAACUGAAUACAACUCUUUCGGCACGGUAACGGAAUUCAAGUACGGUAUGGAGGUCAGCAACUCCUUCAAGGGAAACAAUCUUCUGAAAUGGUUUGUCAAUUGGGGAGAACCUUGGGGUUUAUUACCAUCUCGAGAUGCUCUGGUCUUUAUUGACAAUCACGACACUCAGCGUGGCAAUCCCAAUAUACUCACCUACAAGUCAUCGAAGCAGUACAAGAUGGCCGUUGCAUUUAUGCUGGCGCAUCCUUUCGGGAUCGCGCGUGUUAUGAGUUCCUUCGACUUUCAAACCUUCGACGCCAACCCGCCGCAGGACUCCGCUGGCAAUCUCCUAUCCCCAACCAUCAAUCCCGACAAUACCUGCGGCAACGGCUGGGUCUGCGAGCAUCGGUGGCGUCAGAUUUACAACAUGGUGCGCUUCCGAAACGCCGUGAACAACACCGACAUUAACAACUGGUGGGACAACGGCUACAAUCAAAUUGCCUUCUGUCGCGGAAAUGCGGGAUUCAUUGCAAUCAACGGUGAAAAUUUUGACUUCAAACAGACUCUCUUUACCUGUAUGGAGCCUGGCACUUACUGCGACGUUAUCUCCGGGAACUUAGAAAAUAACGAGUGUACUGGUAAGGUGGUUACAGUUGGUCAAGAUAGGAAGGCGUACAUAGAAAUCUUGACGAACGAGGAAGACGGGACGCUUGCCAUUCAUCAAGGGGCAAAGGUGAGAUAAUAGAGAUCUGAUCGUGUUAAAAAUUGCUUAUUAUUACAUAAGCAUAUGAGUACAAUAUAAAAUGCGCUACAUAUUUAUACAAUAAUAUUUGUAUAAAUUUAAAACAAUUUAAUUGCAUUUGGAUUAAUUAUCCGAUCAACUAUUUAAAAUGUAAAUUACUUAUGUUUUACUUGUUAUAAAUAAAAUAUAAGCGUUUGCAUAUCAAUACAAUAGAAUGUCAUUAUCAACUCUCUGAUUUAUUUAUCCAGUUUAUGUCAUCAAGUUCCAGAGAGUACAAUGUUCUCAUUUACUUUUAUCAUUUUAUCAAAGACGAUAAUAGAGUUUUGUAACAAAGACUAUUAUCCGAUGACUCAUAUUUGAUCAUAAUUACUCAAUACAAUGUUUAGGAGAAUAUAAUCACAUUCGGUAAAAUUGAAUAGAACACACUUGUUAUUUUUCAACAAUGUUUAUUUUAACAGAAACAAUGUACUGUUUUUCCUCUUUUCACCAUUAAUUUCUACUAUACAUGAUAUGACAGUUAAUCAUAAGAUAAUACACGACAGACUCGCGAUGGAAAAACAAAAAGUAAUCGAAGAGAUCGGGUGAGAUGGGAUGAACAAACUAUCAUAAAAUCGAUCGGUUUUCAAACAGGUGAGAUAUACCGAAGGAUGGAUAGAAAAUCUUGAAAUAUCACAAAAAAUUGCUUUAUCGUCGGUUUUAUCUAUCUCUCUUUAACUUCUAAUCCAUAUGUACGGUUAAGUUAUCCUUCGCUGAGAGAAUCUGUCAGCACGUUUAUCGCCCUAACUCAUUCCUUCCAUCCGUUCUUUUCCUCUCGUCGAACGAACAUGUUACACGAAAUAAUUAAUACGUAACGCUCGUGGUUACGCAUCAACAGCGUGAAAUCUCGCGACUAAGACACUAAAUAAAAUACUACAGGGCAUUUGUAGAAGCACGACAUAAAUAAAUGCUUAAGCGUUAUGUACAGUGAUCUUGUUUAAGUAAAAGCCGCUAGCUCGGUUAGUGUUAGCGCGCCCGAGUUCGUCGUACGACAAAAAAUUCGUUUGUCCGAGAUAAGAAAGAACAAGUUGCCGAAUGAGACGCAUUGCUAAGUACAUCAAACGAAGAAAGAAAUGUUUUCUUAUCGUUACGUUAUCAUAUGUACAUAUGUAUGUCGAAAUUCAGCGUAAUCGCUAAUUAUGAAUAAUAGGCACGUAAAUAAACCUCAACCUGUAAUUACCCUUCUGCGUAAGGUGGAGGUAGAAGUGUAAUAUUGCAUGCGAUUACGGUGUCUAAUUAUCAUUGGUAAUUUUGUGCUGCAAGUAGUAACGGACUUAUGUAAUCAGCCGCAGGAAAUACGAAGGAAUUUCCUUCUUUCACCGCCACUUUUGAUCGUUUCUCACUGAUUAAAUAGAACACACUCCGACACAUUUCGACAUGCCGCAAUUUCUAACAUUCUCGCAUAUAUAUAUAUUUUUUUUUUCGGAACGCGAACUCGGAAACGCGGGCGUAUGUAUGAAAUGAGCUGUUUAGACGUAUGUGUCAUAUGUAUAUGUAUAUACAGUUAUAAGUUUAAAUGAUCUAUAGUAAAUUCAGGCUAAUGUUUGUAAACGCGUGCUUUUGUGUGUGUGUGUGUGUGUGUGUGUGUGUGUGUGUGUAUGUGUGCGUAAAUCUAAAAAAUACUGCUCGUCUUACGAACCGAUUUAUUUGCCACGCACACUUUCUCUCGCGAAUAUGGUACGUGUAAGCGCGGCUUGACAUCGACGCCCUACCACCAUUUACAUCUUAAUCGUUACGUGAAUACAAUAAGGCAAUACGCGGGUUUACUAUAUCUCUAAAUAAAUAAACGUUUGACGUGUUGCAUGAACUUGGAGAUUAAAGGGGACAAAAUAAAAGAGGCGCUGUAAUGUACAAUUCCUAAAGAGCUAUACGAAUCCGUCGCGCGUGAAACUGUCGUCCAUGUAUCGCGCGUGUCAAUGCUAUGUGUAUAUGUAUAUGAUUCCUUUCGCGUGUGUGUGCGUGUGUGCGUAUGUUUGUCCAUGUAUGUGUGUAUGUAUGUGCUCGCACGUGGAUUUUAUUCUUGCACAUAGAGCAUUAGCAAAAAUAUAAUUUAGUAUAUUUAUCGUAAUAAUUCUCAUCCAUA